UAAAAACGCGCAUUAAACAAUUAAAUAAAGGUGCUUAGGUGUGUUGAAAAUUAGCCCGCUUAUAUUAAAUAGCAUAAGCGACCCAAAUACAAUUAAAGCAGAAGCAGCAGAAAACGAAGCGCGAGCGAACUGAAGAAACGUUUGUGCCUAAUUACGUAUUCCAAUCAUGGAUGAGGCGAACAUACAGGACAAGGAGCGCUUUGCCAGUCGCGAGAACCACUGCGAGAUCGAGAGACGGAGACGCAAUAAAAUGACGGCCUAUAUAACAGAGCUCUCGGACAUGGUACCCACAUGUAGUGCGCUGGCCAGAAAACCGGAUAAAUUGACCAUACUUCGUAUGGCUGUGGCGCAUAUGAAGGCUCUGCGGGGCACUGGGAACACCAGUAGCGAUGGCACCUACAAACCCUCCUUUCUUACCGACCAGGAACUGAAGCAUCUAAUCCUGGAAGCCGCUGACGGGUUCCUCUUCGUGGUAUCCUGUGAUUCGGGUCGCGUUAUCUACGUUUCAGACUCGGUGACGCCCGUGCUGAAUUACACCCAGAGCGACUGGUAUGGCACCAGUCUGUACGAGCACAUACAUCCCGAUGACCGCGAGAAGAUUCGCGAGCAGCUCUCCACCCAGGAAUCACAGAAUGCGGGACGUAUCCUGGAUCUCAAAUCGGGCACGGUGAAAAAGGAGGGACAUCAGUCUUCGAUGAGGUUGAGCAUGGGCGCCCGUCGCGGUUUUAUUUGUCGCAUGCGCGUGGGUAAUGUCAGCUCCGAUUCCAUGGUAUCGGGACAUCUGAAUCGCCUGAAGCAGCGCAACUCCCUCGGACCCUCUCGCGAUGGCACCAACUUUGCUGUGGUCCAUUGCACGGGGUAUAUCAAGAAUUGGCCGCCCACGGAUAUGUUCCCCAAUAUGCAUAUGGAGCGGGAUGUGGACGACAUGACGUCCCACUGCUGCCUGGUGGCCAUCGGUAGGCUGCAGGUCACCUCCACGGCAGCGAAUGACAUGAGCGGCUCAAACAAUCAGAGUGAAUUCAUCACACGCCAUGCCAUGGACGGGAAAUUCACGUUUGUCGAUCAGCGUGUGCUAAACAUUCUGGGCUACACCCCAACGGAGCUGCUAGGGAAGAUUUGUUACGACUUUUUCCAUCCCGAAGAUCAGAGUCACAUGAAGGAGAGCUUCGAUCAGGUGCUCAAACAGAAAGGACAGAUGUUCUCUUUGCUCUACAGGGCACGGGCCAAGAAUUCCGAAUACGUUUGGCUGCGCACCCAGGCGUAUGCCUUUCUCAAUCCCUACACCGAUGAAGUGGAAUACAUUGUGUGCACGAAUAGCUCCGGGAAGACCAUGCACGGUGCUCCGAUUGACGCCGCUGCGGCCCACACACCUGAACAACAGCAACAACAGCAGCAGCAGCAGGAGCAUGUUUAUGUGCAGGCCCCUGGCGUUGAUUACACACGCAGGGAACUCACUCCCGCUGGCAGUGCCACCAAUGAUGGGAUGUACCAGACCCACAUGCUCAGCAUGCAGGCGCCCACGCCACAGCAGCAGCAACAGCAGCGUCCGGGAUCGGCCCAGAACACACCAGUGGGCUAUGCCUACGAUACAACGCAUUCGCCGUACAGCGCAGGGGGCGGUGGACCCUCGCCACUGGCCAAGAUCCCCAAGUCGGGUACGUCACCUACGCCCGGGGCGCCCAAUGCGUGGGGCGCACUGCGUCCGCAACAGCAACAGCAGCAACAACAACAGCCCGUCACCGAAGGCUAUGCGUAUCAGCAGACCAGCCCGGCACGGUCGCCGAGUGGACCAACCUACACGCAGCUAAGCGCUGGCAAUGGCAAUCGGCAGCAGCAACCCCAACCGCAGGGACCAUAUCAGGCAGUACCACCGCCGCCGCCACCGAAUGCGCCGGGCAUGUGGGACUGGCAGAAUGCAGGAGGUCACCCACAUCCUCCCCAUCCGACGGCGCAUCCGCAUCAUCCGCAUGCACAUCCCGGGGGACCAGCCGGAGCCGGUCAGCCGCAAGGCCAGGAGUUCUCCGACAUGCUCCAGAUGCUCGAUCACAGUGCACCCACAACAUUCGAGGAUUUGAACAUAAAUAUGUUUAGUACACCGUUUGAGUAAUCCCUACAGUCCUAUGCAAUCCAAUCCCACUCCAUCUGCCGCGUCUCUCUCUCUUGACCAUUUCUCAAGUGCAAUCUAUCGGAAAAUUGUUGAAAUAAUUCAGCCAAAACGCAGACCCAUGGUAAUCUCGUAAAUAGCAAUUUAAGUACAUAACGAUUGGGCACGUACCCAAGAAUUCCGAUAUUCGUAUCUUCAUUUUGUCGGCCCCUCCCUAAACCCCGAUAAUUCGCAAAAAGCUAAAGGUAUUUGCAAUUAAAGAGCACACAAGAGCGAUAAUAUUUA